AUGGCCGACACAACUCGCCAACAGGACCGUGAACGCCUCAAAUCCGCCCUCUGGUACGCCGUCGGGCAAAUCGUCGACGAAGAAUGUCUAAAGCGCAACCGCAAUGCGACGCCCCAGUUCAUCGGAGCUCUGACCGAAAUGGUCUUGUUACAAAUAGAAAACGUGGCCGUUGAUCUCGAAACCUUUUGCAAUCACGCUGGCAGGUCGACUGUUACGACGGAUGACGUGCUCUUGCUGGCGAGGAGAAAUCCCGAUUUGCAUCAGAUUAUGAAGACUUAUGUGGAUGAGAUCAAGGCGGACAAGGAGGCUGCGGCGGGGAGCGGUCGGAGUGGUGCUGCGAAGAAGAAUAAGGCGAAGAAGUAG